AAAAAAGAGGAAAAAGAAAUAAUUCAACAAAAAAUAACAUGGCUGAAAAUGUUGCAUCACAGGAAAAUCAAGUCUCUAAACACCAAGAGGUUGGCCACAAGAGUCUUUUGCAAAGUGAUGCUCUUUACCAGUACAUAUUGGAGACGAGCGUAUACCCAAGAGAGCCAGAACCCAUGAAAGAGCUUAGAGAAUUGACUGCUAAGCAUCCAUGGAAUCUUAUGACAACAUCUGCUGAUGAAGGACAAUUUUUGAACAUGUUGUUGAAGUUGAUCAAUGCUAAAAACACCAUGGAGAUUGGUGUCUACACUGGCUAUUCUCUUCUUGCUACUGCUCUUGCUCUUCCACAUGAUGGAAAGAUAUUGGCAAUGGAUAUUAACAAGGAAAAUUACGAAGAAAUUGGUUUACCCAUAAUCCAAAAAGCUGGUGUAGCUCACAAGAUUGAUUUUCGAGAGGGACCUGCUUUACCCGUUCUUGAUCUAUUAGUUGAAGACAAAAAUAACCAUGGCACGUAUGAUUUCAUUUUCGUGGAUGCUGACAAGGAUAACUACAUCAACUACCACAAAAGGAUAAUAGAAUUAGUGAAAGUUGGUGGUGUGAUCGGGUACGACAACACCCUAUGGAAUGGUUCAGUGGUCGCUCCACCUGAUGCUCCAUUGAGGAAAUAUGUUAGGUAUUAUAGAGACUUUGUAUUGGAACUUAACAAAGCUUUAGCGGCUGAUCCAAGGAUUGAGAUUUGUAUGCUUCCGGUUGGUGAUGGAAUUACCCUGUGCCGCCGUAUCAGCUGAUUAUUCUAUUU